AUGGCCUCGUCUGCCAGAUUGGUUCUCCAUUACUUGGACAUCGGAAGUCUUGGUCGUGGAGAAGUUAUUCGGCUAUUUCUGGUAGAUGCUGGUCUCCCAUUUCAAGAUAUACGUUAUCCCUAUGAUGACAGCUGGGCUACAACGGCCUCAAAACUUCUGGAGAACGGCAUUUCUCGGACAGGCAAGGUGCCAGUACUUGAAUAUAAUGACAAUAAGUUAAGCCAGCAUAUACCUAUCUUGCGUUAUCUAUCUCGAGAGAUGGGCGACUAUGACGGACAAACAAGUCUCGACACGUACCUAGUCGACGCUAUAUCGGAUAUGUAUAUCGACUGGAGAGCUCAGUGGGUUGCGAACAGGAGGAAGCCCACAGAUGAUUACCAGAAUGAAUAUGUGCCCAAUUACUACAGAGUACUAUCUCAGUAUUACUCUGACUGUGGUGGCCCAUUCCUUCUCGGCGAUAGGAUAACCUACGCAGAUUUUGUAGUGUUCCAAUCCAUUGAUAACGAUGAGAAAAUUGGAACCCUUCCGAAGAACCUACCAACAGCGAUGGAGAAACUCAUACAAGCGUUUGAAAGCCGUCCUCGAGUCAAAGAGUAUCUAACAAAUCGUCGCAACACAAAGGUGUAA